AUGUGUGGCAUAUUUGGGUAUUGCAAUUUUUUGACUGAGAAAACAAGAGGAGAAAUUAUUGAUACUUUGAUUAAGGGCUUGCAAGCAUUGGAGUACAAGGAAUAUGACUCCAGUGGAAUUGCAAUUCAAGGCGAUGAGCUGAAGUCUCUUAACAUUUAUAAGCAGACUGGUAAAAUAAGCAAUUUGAAGGAAGAAAUUGACCUUUACAAUCUUAAUAAAGACCUGCCCUUUAUUUCACAUUGUGGCAUUGCUCAUACAAGGCGAGCAACACAUGGAGAGCCAAGGCGUGCUAAUUGUCACCCACAUAACUCAGAUCCAUCUAAUGAAUUUGUUGUGGUACACAAUGGGGUUAUUACCAACUUCGCUAAUCUGAAAGCUUUGUUAGCCACAAAGGGCUAUGUAUUCAAAAGUGACACGGACACCGAAUGCAUUCCUAAACUGUAUAAACAUAUUUAUGAUACAAGCAUUGAACUCGGGUACAACCUCGAUUUCCAUAUACUAACAAAUUUAGUACUCAAGGAAUUGGAAGGCUCUUAUGGGCUGCUUUGCACUUCUUCUCAUUUUCCAGAUGAAGUGGUUGCCGCAAGAAAGGGUUCCCCGUUAGUUAUUGGGGUUAAAGGUAAAAGUGAUUUGAGGAUAAACUUUGUCGAGGUGGAGUACUUGAAUCAAAAAGAAGACAACCUGACGAUUAAUACCCAAACCAACGACUUUAGUAAUGUUUUGGGUGCUGCACCUGUAAAAUAUAAUACCUGUUUGAGGAGGUCUCCCCCCCUUCGUCCACAAUAUCUGAGGACCUCUCCACGAGACAGAAAUAUUUUUACACUAAAUCAUGUCUCAUCGACAGAAAUAUCAGCCGAUGACGGAUUGCCGCAACCCAUAGAAUUCUAUUUGUCAUCCGAUUGUCCUCCUUUGGCGCAGUAUGUGAAUAAAGUAAUAUACUUGGAAGAUAAUGAUAUCGCCCAUAUCUACGACGGCGAGCUUCAUAUUCAUCGCUCUAAAAUUGAUCCUGGUGACUUUUCGAUUAGAGCAGUUCGAGAAUUAGAAUCGGAGCUAUCCAAAAUGACAAAGGGCCCUUAUGAUCAUUUUAUGCAAAAGGAGAUAUAUGAGCAGUCUGAAACAACAGCAAAUGUCAUGAGAGGAAGAAUUGACGCCUCUACAAAUAAAGUUGUUUUAGGAGGUCUCGAAAACUGGUUGACAGAAUUAAGAAGAGCAAAAAGAAUAGUAAUGAUUGCAUCCCAGGCCUCCCUCCAUUCAUGCCUAGCUGCCCGCCCCAUCUUCGAGGAACUGAUGGAAGUACCAGUCAAUGUGGAAUUGGCUUUGGAUUUCGUUGACCGCAAUUGUUGCAUCUUCAGGAACGACGUUUGUAUAUUUGUUUCUCGAAGUGGUGAAACAACUGAUACAAUUCAUGCUUUGGACUAUUGUAUCAAAAAAGAAGCAGUCACUAUCGGGGUGGUUAAUUCCAGUGGUUCGUCUAUUUCAAGACUAACACAUUGCGGUGUCCACACAAACACAGACCCGGAGAAGGGUAUUGCAACAACAAAAUCCUAUACUUCCCAAUACAUCGCUUUAGUUAUGAUUGCUUUAUGGCUGUCGGAAGAUUUAGUGUCUCAAAUUGAAAGGAGGAAGGGAAUUAUUCAGGCCUUAACUUUGAUCCCAAGCCAAAUUAAAGAAGUUUUGGAGCUUGAACCAUCGAUCAUUGAAUUAUGUAACAAGAAACUCAAAAAACCAGAUUCUGUUUUACUAUUGGGAAGAGGCUUCCAAUUUGCAUCUGCUUUGGAAGGUGCUUCGAAGAUAAAAGAGAUUUCGUACGUGCAUUCUGAAAGUAUUCUUACUGACGAGCUAGAACGCGGAGUCUUAGCUGUGGCGACUGAUGUUCUGCCAAUUAUUAUUUUUGCAACAAAGGAUGCUCUAUUUCCCAAAAUCGCGUCUUCCAUUGAUCAAAUAAUAGCAAGAAAGGGCAAUCCGAUUAUCAUCUGUAACAAGGAAGACAAGACAUGGAAGCAAGACGAACGAAUAAGAAACGUUGUUACACUUGAAGUGCCCCAAACCGUAGAUUGUCUCCAAGGGGUACUCAACAUUAUUCCUUUACAAUUAAUUUCUUAUUGGUUAGCGGUCAAGAGAGAUAUCGGAGUUGAUUUUCCAAGGGACCCGGUGAUGUCGGCCACGAAUAUAUAA